UACUGCAGAACUGUGUAUAUUAGUUCAUUUGCAUUUUCGUUUUUGGAACUUUAUGGAAAGCAGCACAGAAAAAAAGUGGGAUGAGAAGAACAAAAAAAUAUUUGUAAAAGUGAAGCUCAUUCUGAGGUACAGAGAAGGCGGAACACAGCAGACGCCAGACAGAGACACACUGCAGACGCCAGUCAGAGACACACUGCAGACGCCAGACAGAGACACACUGCAGACGCCAGACAGAGACACACAGACCACAGCACCUUCACACCAGUCACUAACAGUUAUGGGUUCAGCGGUGAACUUCAUUCUGCUUUUCUCGGCAGGACUGUGGGCUCUCGCUUUGUGUGCAUCUCGUCAGUUUUAUGUGGUGAACACACCAAUGACGUGGACCGAUGCUCAGAAAUACUGCAGAGCAAAAUACACUGACCUGGCCACCAUUGCGAAUGAUGAAGAAAUGAAUGCUGUGAAGGAAGCUCUUAACGGGAGCACAGUAAAAUUCUGGAUAGGACUGAGGCAGACUGAUAGCAAUUCCUCGAUUGUUUUUAACAGUAGGUCCUGGGUCUGGUCAGAUAAUUCUCAAGUCUCAUACUGGUACUGGAAUAAUAACGAGCCAAACAACGACGGGAUUGAUAACUGUGUGGAAAUUUGGGAAGCAAGUGCAAAUAAUAAAUGGAAUGAUGCAGGUUGCAAUAACACUGUCCAUUUUGUCUGCUAUAAAAGACGAACUCCUCUCACCGUGAUCACUGAGAAGAAGACCUGGCGAGAAGCCCUGAGGUACUGCAGACAGCAUCAUGUGGACCUGGUUUCUGUUGACUCGCAGGAAAUGCAGGACUGGGUGGAAGUAGUCACUAAAAAUGUCUCCAGUGAUAUGUGGAUUGGCCUGCGUCACACCUGCGCUCUGGGCUUCUGGUACUGGGUGAAGGGAGAGAUGAUCUGCUACCAAGACUGGGCUCCAGGUAACGGAACCGGAGUGGAAGAUUGUGGUGAUGUCGAGAGAACCGGAGCGGUUCUGUCCGAGAGUAAGAAGUGGGUCAGCCUGCCACAGACUCACGAACUCUACUUCAUCUGUAUCACCUUCCAGUGAAGGCUACUAGAAGUGGACGCAUGAACUUCAGCUGGAUCCUCGUAGUUCAGGACCAGACAUUUCUUUCUCAGCAUCAUUUCACUUAAUUUU